AUGAAGUGCUUUAAUACACCGUCCUGUACUUCCUUAAAUAUGGCUUCUGCAGAAGACGAGGACAACACACUUUGGUGCGAGCUGCUAUUUGAUGACAUCUUUAACAACUCCCAAAAUUUGAAACAAAACUCGACCUCUCGUCAUGUAACAAAAUGGGUGAGUUGGUUCUCUGUUCUUUGCUUCAUAACUAUUUUCUGCGCAGGUGUGAUUCAGUCAAAUUCUUUGAAUCAUAAAAUCCGGCCAUUGCAGAAGGUAAAAUUCGAGGCACCUCUUCUCGUCAUGGUAAUUCAUCUUCAAAUUUGAUUAAGCUUGUGGGUUCGAGAAGUUACCGCAACUUCGUAACCGCAUUUUUUUUCUAGGCUAUACCAGUUUCUGGUCAGAGCAUUUACAUUUAACUCUGUAAGUAGGAAGUUGAUAUGAUAAUUGCAAAUGAUCAGACAGAGACGAUAUCUGGACCAAUUUUGAAAUUUAAUUUUGGCCAAAAUUCUUUGUUUGCAAUUCCUAUGUUUAGUUUUACUCUUUCAAUGGCGUCUUUUAAUCUUUUUGCAUAGUUACGUAACAGUAGUCGGCGCACGAAUAAUUCAAUAUAAAAUCUGUUCGAUUUAAAAAUUCCAAACAAAAGACAAAAGUAAGAUUAGCUACUUGUGUUGCAUAAAAGGAAAAAAGCCGGGUGAGUUGGGCGAAAUUCAGAAAGAAGCUGGGGAGAAACUUUACCUAGUUAUAGCGACGUGUAAAAUUUGUAAGGAUCUUAAAGAAGUUUUCAGUGAUCUGUUUUGUAGAGUGACACCAUUAGUGAUAUUUGAUUUGGCAGUUCCUGUAGGAGGUAAAUACAUUUUCUUGUGCUCUCCUUUUCAACUUCUUUUUCAUAACUCGAUGGCGUUGUAAAAGCCGCCUUGGACAAUUUGAACUUGUAAGAUUUUCUUCUUCUCUCUCCUUUUUUUUUUCUUUUCGAACAGCUGCGUGUCAUUAAAUUUUACUUGUUCAGAAACCGAUGGGGUAACUGGACGUCUAAAACACCAGAUGAAGUUUUUGUUUCAAUAAUGGAUAUUGGCCCACGGUUAUUCAUUGAAGCAACUAACAAAGCCAGCAGAUAAAUAACUCCAAUCCUGCUAUGGACAAACUUUGAUAUUUUAGCAUUACUCGCCUUUUUUUUUAAAUAUGAGCUGAAGAGAUGUAUAACAAAAACCACAAAGACUGCAGGCUCGAUCUCCAAAUUUAAAGUCCCUUUAGCCAUAGUCUGACUUCUCGUUAGCGGCCAGCUGGGUAAGCAACGUUUAGGUUUUACUUUCGGUGUGGUCGAGUAACAGGGACACCAAGGUACCAUUGUACUUCAUCUACUAGUGAAAUUAUCUCUCCUCUUCCACUAGCGAUCCCUUAUGAUCGGAUUUAGGUUGAUUUACUCUUGGUAUUUUUUUCAUUUUAGUCUCCUUGUAUAAAUGCACCAUGUCAGAACGGAGGCUCUUGUGUUCCGAACUACAAUGACGACUCAUACAGAUGCCUUUGCAGAAUUGGAUUUGAUGGGGAUAAUUGUCAAAUUGGUAAGAGACUCCAAAAUAUUUUUUAUAAAUAUUAAAGACUAUUAUUCAAACUGAUUCUAAGGAAUGAAAUGCACUAUUGGUCAUUAAAAGUACAUACUUCUCAUCACAAAUGUUAUCAAAAUAAGAAUCAAAAUGCCCGUCCUUCCAUUAGCCACAACCCACAGACAACACAAAGCAAUUUUCUCUUCCUUUUCCCUUGCUAAGCUCACUUGAACAAUAAGAUGCGCCCCCCCCCCCUCCCCUCAGGGGCACCUUUUAUGAAAUUAAAUUUUGAGCCUACAAAUAACUGUCUUAGAGGAUAUUUCGUGGUGAAUUUUUGACUAAAGCUUUUGGAGUUAAAUAGUGCAAAAUGGUCGCAGUAACCUAGUUAAUCCAUAGAAUCGAUGGUUCGAUUCUCAAAAAAGAUUACCAGUUCUUAUCCCUUUCAGAUACUGAUGACUGCUCACCAGAUUCUUGUUACAACGGUGGAACUUGCGUGGAUGGAAUUGAUGCUUAUACUUGUGUAUGUGCAAAUGGAUUUCACUCCGGGAACAAUUGUCGUAAGUUGCUUUAAUCAAUUUUUUGAAAUACAAAAUUGAACCUUCCAUCAUUCAAAAUCUUGCGCAGGGGAGAUAUGAAACAGCAUUAAUCCUCACAAAUCCUACCUGAAGCUACGCUCGCACACAAAACGCGCCAUAAGUCAGGCUUGCUGUUAUUUUCGAUAGAACCGAUUUCCUGAAGCUUGUCACAAACGCACUGAAUGCAUUCUCAUGAUCUUGGUCCAUUGCGCACCUGUUUUUUGUUCACAUGCGUAUGGAGGCCGCAAAACUGGCCAUUUCGCAAUAUUCAACACAAAAAGCAGAACAGGGAAUCGAUAUAAUGCACUGAUAAUUUUAGGGGACGAUGUCAACAAUAUAAGUUAACGUCAUGGGUACGAUAUACCAGCGAGGAUGUAGGAAGAUGGCUUGAUCACGUUGACUCAAAAUGCUAGAAGAGAUAUAAAUGAAAAUGGUUGGCCAACUGAACUGCUUUUCCUUUUUGAGUCAUUGCCUCAUUGUGAUUCUAGAAGUUAAGUUGAACUUUACAAUUCGGUACAAGCGAGCAUAGGUAACUCUCCUAAUAUGGAGUCCUAUGAAUUUUAGGCUGCCGUGUGAACUGGACGUUGUCCAAUAACCACUGUUACAAGUAUUUCCAGGACCAGUUAAGGGGGUAUUCUGAAGCCAAAGCUCAAUGCGAAACAUUUGGGGCUUCCUUAGCGACAAUACAUUCCAAAGAAGAGAACGAUUAUCUGUGGUCACUGUUCUCCCAAAGUGGUCAUAACGUCUGGGUUGGAGGAAACGACGAGGCAGUGGACGGCUCUUGGGUCUGGGAGGACGGGAUGGCGUGGGGUGGGUUCACAUUGUGGGAUUCUGUUGAACCUAACGGAGGAUCAUCUGAGAAUUGUCUUGAAAUACUAAACAAAAAUGGCAAAUGGAACGACAACCCUUGCACUCAAUUACGCUAUUACAUCUGCAAAAAUUGA